AUGGUGAUACUGGACGUGUUAAUAAUCGGAGCCGGCCCUCAUGCCCUGACCCUGGCCAGCUUGCUAUCAAACCCCAACCUUAAUGGAAAGUCAGACCCAGGUCCAGACUUCCCUAUCAUCUCCUGCAGCUCUGACUCUCUGGAUCUGCAAAAAAACCCAGAGAAAUCAAACAACAAACGCUGCAGCAAGAAUAAGAGGAGGAGGAACACAACUGGUACAACAUUAAUGAAUGCUUUCCUCUUGUUUUGAUUACCUGUGCCUUAUCAAACUCAGUCUUUCGAUGUCUGUCUUCCUUAUCAUUUAGUUUUAAUUUGGUGUUUACAUGAUCAGUCUCUGCAGGCCCAGCUCUGGAGGAAGGAAAGACAAACAUAUCAGAAAAGGUUGUUUUCCCUCCGCUGAGUCUCAGAGUGGUAGAUUCUUACGGUGAGUGGACGACUCUGUGGGAGAGCCAGUUCACAGCUCUGAACAUCCCUCAUCUGCGCUCACACACCUUGGUGCACACCAACCCUCACGAUAAGGUAAACACAUGCACAGGUUCCCCCUGAAGUGGAAACGAGGAAGUAACUCCAUCAGUUUGACAAGAAAUAGUCACAUGUUAAUAUGUUUUUGCAGAAAGCACUGCAGGAGUUUGUCGUGAAGUCAGAUCGAUCCUCAGAGCUUCACAGUCUUCCAGAUCAGGUUUAUAUUCUGGAUGAAAAUGCGUUUUUCAACGACAUGAGGCUCGGCAAAAAGGAGAAGAAACGCCUCAACGUCACCUCAACACUGAAGAAAAAUUUAUCCUUCAGUCUCCCGGGAACGAAAUUAAGCGUGGAUUUCUUUAAAGAUCAGGUCAGGCACACAGCAUGAGUUUGUGUGUUUGUGUUUGUGUGCAUAGCGAGCACAGUGCCUUUUUAACAAUAUAUUUUGCCUGACUUUUUUAUAUGGAAAAAAACGAAUUAUUGUCAGCAUCAAAUUAUUGUCAGAGGCAGGAAAAACUUCUGAGAUAGACUGACACUUUGUUGGCGUUGGUUUCAGUAGGAUUUGUUGAUAUAAUUUGGGAAAUGAUGGCAUCGCUCUUGCAUGAACACCUAUAUCAGACCCUUUCUGAGUUGCUGCGUGGGUGAAUCACCAGGUGGAGAGAUACAACUUGGACAAAGCGCUGUUGAAAGGAACAGUGGAGCGUAUCACACCUGUGAUUGAAGACAAGAGAAAGGUGGAAGAAGAGGAUGACAGGAUACAGGAGCAAGAGACAGAGGCGGAGGACACGAGACAGGAAAAAUGUACAGGAAGGAGAGUGAAAUAUUUUCAAGUCCAAGUCCAAGAAGGCAUCGUCUUAAAGGCCCACAAUGUCAUCAUGGCGACAGGUCCAACCAGGGCUCAGAUGGCAAACAUCCCCUCAUGGGUGACAAACAUUGGAGAGAGUUACCCAGAGGAGCGACUACAACACACAGUGCACCUUAUGCACCACCUCACACACUCUCAACAGGAAUGCAAAGCUGCAGACUGUCAGGGACAGAAAGAGGCUUUUCCAGCUCCAGGUAAGUCAGUUUUCAUCUGAGGAUUAUUUUCAACGACACUGGAAAGCAAUAAUCUGUGGGCAUGUUUGGAUUUUUAAAUUUUGUUCACCUCCUUAAAUAUAAUCACUGUUUCUCUAAUACUUCUUGUUAGCUUUCUGUGGUUUUGUCAGUCAACCAUCAAUUCCAGAGUACACAUCCUUUCAAACUUCUGCUUUGACAGGAAGUACCUAAUGCAAUCAAAUAAAAGUGGAUAAUAAACGUGAUUUCUUUUGCAGCGAUUGAUUCCUGAUCCUUACUGCAACACUUCACUGUUAAGGUUUUAUUUCCUUAUGUAUCUAAAAUGUUGUGUAGUUUGUGAUGCAGGGCAGAGAGUAAUGGUAGUCGGUGGAGGUCUGACCAGCGCUCAUGUCGUCUCCCUUGCCCUGCAGCAGGGUGCCAGCCAUGUGACAUGGGUCAUGAGGAAGCACCUCCAGGUCUAGAAACAGUGUGAAACUGCAAACAUUAAGAAUUACAGCACAUACACCUGUCUGCCUCUCAACACACAAACCAACCUACGGCGUUUCCUCAACAGUUAAAACAGUUUGAUGUGGGCGAUGUGGAGAGCCUGGUGGGUCGUUACUCUCAUGUGGAGCAUGGCAUCAAGAUGGACGGUCAGGCAUACCUACGACAGUUUUACAACGAGCGAAGUCUCCACAAACGGCUGGCUAUGAUUCGUCAGGCAAGGAAAGGAGGCGCUGUCACCCCAGAGGCCUACAUCCACCUCCAGCCGUUCAUCCUGAGCGGACAGGUGGAGGUAAAGACGUACUGUCAGGUAAUAGAACAUGAAAGAUCAUCUCAGGGCAGGUGAUACGAUUGUGAUCCACUGCCAGAGUUUCCUCGGUUAACUAUCACAGUAAAACUUUUUAAUGUAAAAAUGACAGUAUUUAACUGGCAGCAGUGAUCCAGUAAAAUACUGUAAGUUUUUACAGUAUUUUGUUGUACUUAAGAUUACAAUAUAAUACUGUAAACUAAUAUACAGUUAAUUACGGUAUAAUUUUCUGAUUACAGUUUUUUACUGUAAACUAAAUAUUUCAAAUGUACAGUAAAAUACUGGAAAUCAUAUUUUUUUUACAAUAAAUGACAGGAUAUUUACAGUAUGUUUAAUGUAUUUUUAUCUAUUAAUAUUUAUUUUAUUUCCAUUGUUAUUAUUGAUGAUUUAUUAUUAUUAUUAUUAUUAUUAUUAUUAUUAUUAUUAUUAUUAUUAUUAUUAUUAUUAUUAUUAAUGAUGAUCUCCACCACCAUCAUCAUUAAUGAUAAAGACAAAAGAUAAAAGUAUUAGCUCUUUUUUAAAACUUUUUUAAAUUGAAAAUCUUACAGCAUUGGAUAAGUUUUACCGUGUAAGUAAAAGAGUGUGUUUUGCAAGGAUCAGAGUUAAAACAAGACUUGUUUGACCAUCCAAAGGUCUUGAAUUUUAGACCUACAGAGCUGAAUAUUGCUUUAUUUAAAGAUCUUUGUCUGUUUACACCUCAAUUGAUAGAACAGCUGAGGAGAGACAAACAAUAAGAGGAGGGAGUUGGUGAUGGUGUGCAGCAAAGGGCCAAGGACAGGAGUUGAGUUCAGGGUUGCUGCAUUGAGGACAGUGGUCUCUGUAAAUGAGGUGCAUGAUACCUUUGCUCUGAAUAUACCUGGUUGAUCAGGUCACAUUCACAAGACUCUUUGUUAUGCGAGCAGUCCCUGUUUAUUUGGUGAGAAUGCAGCCGAUGUAAAACAAAGUAUGAGACAACACUUCUUACCUGAAUGUCAUGGACCUGCUCAGGUGAGUGAAGCCAGCUGGUGCUACAGGAAUCAGGCUUGGAGUGUGUCGCUCAGCACUGGGGGCCACUGGAGUGGAGACAUGAUCUGGCUCGCAACUGGGUGCAAACUGGAUGUUAAAGAGGACCCGCUGCUCUCUGAAGUGAUGAGGGAAUUCCCCAUUCAGGUGAGUGAUGAUGCAGAUAUUGAAGGCUGUCUAAGCAUUAAAUGGAAGUCUGAUAUUUGUUUAGAAACUGUGUAAGACAAUAUCAUACAAUGAACUAAUUAAUGUGUCCUCAUUGUCUUCAUUAAGGUGAUUGAUGGUUGGCCAUGCAUAUCAGAAAGCCUACGAUGGGAAGAAGAUUGCCCUCUCUACCUGAUGGGACAGUACACUGCUCUCCAGGUAGGUCUUCUCUGGUGUUUUAGUUUGCAAAUAAAUCCUGAGUAUUACCUUUUAUUUUUUGUUUCUUUCAUUUUUUACCACCAUUAAGGUUGGACCUCAUGCAGUAAACCUGGCAGGUGGACAGGCUGCCAGCAUGAGAAUCACCAAGGACAUAAUGCAUCGUCGACAGAGGGAGGAUUCAAACCUUUCUGAACUGAGAGAAGAGAAAUCCAAAACAGAGGACUAUAUUCAACAGAUGAGGGGACUGCUGUGGCUUUAA